AUGGCAGAAAUCGGACCAGCACUCGAACUCUUCCGUUUCGUCCUCGACACCUUGGGCCGUAUACAACUAGCACGAAACUUUGAAGAUGACUUCGAAGCCUGCCAAUUGAAGCUAGACAUUCUCCAGCUCCGCCUUACACGCUGGAAGGAAGUCGUUGACCUUUCCAACGACAAUGAGCUCGACAAGCCCAAAGUCGAGGAUGGAAAACCGCCAUCCAGAACCAUCAAAGAAGUGCUUACUGAUAUCCAGUAUUGCUUCGAUCGGUCCCAGCGCACAUCUAGAAAAGACAAAGUCGCAUUGACCAAGGAGAAUCAGGAAGCACUCGAACCCGAGUCAAAUCUUCCAUCCGACAUCAAAAGCAUUCGACGUCGUUUGAUGCAAUGUAUCCGCAAGCGUCAAUCUCAAGCUUCAAACGUAAUCGAAGGUCUGAAGUGGGUGUUUUACAAAAAGGAAGCUUUCGACCAGUUCAUAGGAAACAUGACGGAUCUUCUUGAUGAGCUGGAAAAGAUUUCACCGGGCGAAGAUAAUCAACAGCUUUACAAGCUCAGUGAAGAGGAGUGUGGUGACAUUACCAAGAUCAACCUGUUGACGCUCAAGGAGAGCAUCGAGGGAUGUGAUCCAUGGCUUUCGGAGUCUGUGGAAAAGGUGCUGCAAGCUACUCAGGCUGGUACGCAAAACAUCUACCAGUCCAAUAACCGGGGCUUUACAGUUGGCAAUCAUAAUGGGGAUAACAAGGGUUUUGUUACCGGUGCAAAUGGCCAACAGACCAACCAUUUCUAG